AUGGCGAGCGCGACUCCCAGUGAGAGUGUGGAUAGGGUGCUGCGCUGCUCCAUCUGCCUGGAGACGUUCGUCUGCCCCUCCACGCUGAGCUGCGGACACUCGUUCUGCCUGCGGUGCCUGGAGGCCGCCUGGGAGACGACGAGCAGCUUCAGCUGCCCGCAGUGCCGAGCGACCUUCCUUGUGCGACCCCAGCUGAAGAGGAACGUGGCCCUCGCCAACCUGGUGGAGCAGCUCAGAGUUGGAGAUGAGAUGGCCGCGGCUGUCGUGUGUGACAACUGCAAUGGUGGCCACACUCCUGCAGUGAAGACCUGCAUGAGAUGUGAGAUGUCCUUCUGUGCGACACACUUGAAGCCUCACUUGGAGAAUCCCAGGUUGAGUGACCACGUCCUGGUGGCUCCCAUCGCGAACGUGGAUGAGCGACGGUAUCGGGAGCACAGCAGAGAGCUGGAAUUCUACUGCACAGUAGACAACAGCCUGGUCUGCUCAACUUGCACCAUCGCAGGAGAACACACAGGACACAAGGUUCUGAAGCUACAGGACAAGCACGAGACACGGCAGACGCGCUUAGGGGAAGAGACGCGAGCGGUGGAGAAUAAAAUGAAGAAAGCGAAGAAGUGCAUGAAGAGGAUGGAGGCCGCUCGCAAGAAGGCCCAGGUAUCAGUGGCCGGGAUCAGGGGUCGCAUCACGGGCAAGUUUGCCUGCCUAAUGAAGGCUCUGGAUGAGGACGAGCGGGAGGCUCUCCAUCGCGUGGCCGUGAAGGACGGCGAGCUGCUGUCCCGGAUCAAGAAUUACAUCGCUCGUCACAAGCGGGAAAUAGGCAAGCUCCAGGCGGCGGCCGCUCGCCUGCGCAAUCUGCAGCACGAGAGGGACUCGCUCACCUUCCUGCAGGGGCACCUGGAGGAGACGUGCAGGAGAGAGAUCCCAAAGGAAUCUGCACCCCCACCUCCCACUUCACUGGACGCCACCACGAGCCUCUCCCUUGAAAGGGUCGUGAACAGAUUCCUGCAUUUCGCUUAUGGACGCUCACCGACUCUGGACACAAACUCAGCCUACGACCUCCUCCAGAUUUCCUCAGAUCUCAGGACGGCGACGCUGAGCGAUGUCUCCCAGGGUCGCCCCCAUCACCCACACCGCUUUGAUUUCUGGCGACAAGCCCUGUGCUCUGAGAGCUUCUCGUCGGGUCAGCACUACUGGGAUGUGGACUUGGGGAGCGCGAGGUGGUGUGGGGUUGGAGUCGCGUACGGGACGAUCCCACGGAGAGGGAGUGGUGCUGAGUGCGCCCUGGGAGGUAGUGACGUCUUCUGGUGUCUACAGAAACUUGGCGACAGCUUCACAGUGUGGCAUGGCGGGGUAGAGACCUCACUGUCGGUGCCGGAGCCUCCGCGGAGAGUCGGGGUUCACAUGGACUGGGACGCGGGGCUGCUGUCGUUUUACAGCGCCGACUCCAUGGAAGUGUUGCACUCGUUUCACCAAACCUUCACUCAGCCUCUACACCCUGGGAUGCUGGUGGGGUGGGAUGAUGGUGACUCAGUGAGGAUUGUGGAUCUGAGUGGUGCUUCCUGAGAGAGGUGAACGUGAACAGCGCAGAGGGCAGACGCCACCACGACGCACGGCGCUCGCCACCCUCGUCACCGUCACGCGCAGCGCCACGCCCGUGGCUGGCUGGUGGCUGUCAGUGGCUAGGGGCUGCGUGGCUCUCCAUCACAACGGGGGAGCUGAGCAAAAACAAUCCUCACAACCUUCA